AUGCCACAUGCCAAUGGCGCAACGAACGGCACGACGAAGCGUGGAGCGAACCAGAAGAUAAUUAAUGGGACGGUCGGGACACAGAGGAGCAAGUCGGGGGAUGAGAAAACAGACUACACUAAAUGGAGGUUGAAGGACGAUCGCGGGUGUCAGACAUGGCAUUAUCUAGAGAGUGAAGAGGAGGUAAAGGCGUGGCCGCAAAGUACAGCGGACAAGUACUUUCUAGGCCUUGAGACGAAUCUCCCAGGUCUCAAACCCGCCAACAGUCCUCUCGAAGCCGCCUACAACGGCCUCUCUUUCUUCUCAAAACUCCAACUACCCCCUGGAAACUGGGCCUGCGAAUACGGUGGCCCCAUGUUUCUCCUCCCUGGCCUCGUAAUCACCUGGUACGUCACCGGGACGCCCAUCUCCACCUCGCAUGCCAUCGAAAUCAAGAAUUACCUCUUCGCACGCGCACACCCAGACGAUGGAGGUUGGGGUCUACAUAUCGAGGGCCAGAGCACCGUGUUCGGCACAGCGAUGAACUACACUGUGUUGAGAUUGCUAGGGGUGGAUGCAGAGGAUCCGCGGAUGCGGAAGGCACGAGAUACAUUAUGGAAGUUUGGAGGCGUGCUGAAUGCACCGCAUUGGGCCAAGUUCUGGCUCAGCGUGUUGGGGGUGACAGAGUGGGAUAUCUUGAAUCCUGUGCCACCAGAGCUAUGGUUGUUGCCUGAUUGGGUGCCGUUUGCGCCAUGGAGGUGGUGGAUUCACAUGCGGCAGGUGUUUGUGCCAAUGUCGUAUGUGUAUUCGAAGAGGUGGAGCUAUCCGUUGAACGACUUGACGAGGCAGUUGCGCUCAGAGCUGCUAGUACAGCCUUUUGAGACGAUUGACUUCAGCGCGUAUCGGAAUAGUAUAUCGCCUGUGGACAACUAUCAUCCCAAAACAUGGGUGAUCAAGUUGCUGUUCUGGUUCCUGGCUACGAUUUGGUUUCCCUACAUCCGCCCGACCUGGAUGGUGAAGCGCGCUGAAGAGCACGUCUGGUGGCUUAUCCAAGCCGAAGACGACAACACCGACUAUGCAAACUUGGGUCCUGUCAAUGGGCCCAUGAACACGCUCUGCGCAUACAUCAAACUUGGCCCGGAUUCCUAUAACUUCCGCGAGCACAUCAAGACCUUGCCCGAGUUUCUCUGGGUGAAAGAUGAGGGCAUGCUCAUGAACGGUACCAAUGGCGUACAAACAUGGGACACCGCAUUCACGAUCCAAGCUAUCGAGAGUUGUGGCUGGUGCGAUGACAAGCAGUGGAAACCCUUGCUCACCAAGGCCCUCGAGUUCCUCGAAGACCAACAAAUUCUCGAAGAAUGCAGAGAUCAACACGCAUGCUACCGCCAGCAGCGAAAAGGUGCCUGGGGCUUCAGCACAAGAAAGCAAGGCUACACGGUCAGCGACUGUACAUCAGAAGGCCUCAAAUCGACUCUCAUUCUACAAAAUCAACACACCUACCCCACACUUAUCUCAGAGCGCCGCAUGAAAGACGCCAUCGACGUCUUACUCACUAUGCAAAACCCAUCCGGUGGCUGCGCAUCUUACGAACCGACAAGGGGCAGUGUGUUGAUGGAACACUUGAAUGCGGCGGAGGUGUUUGGAAACAUCAUGAUCGAGUACGACUAUCCAGAAUGCACGACUGCCGUUGUGACCGCACUCCAUAUGUUUCAAAAAUACUACCCAGCUUACCGCGCCGCUGACAUCGCAGCUUUCCGGGACCGCGCAGUAGCCUACAUCCGAGCAGCGCAGCGCCCCGACGGCUCCUGGUACGGCAGCUGGGGCAUUUGCUUCACAUACGCUGCUAUGUUUGCUCUCGAAAGUCUCGCGUGUGGCGGCGAAACGUACGCCAAUAGCGAACGUGUGCGUCGCGGUUGCCAAUUCUUCCUAGACAAGCAGAUGGACGACGGUGGAUGGGGGGAGACGUAUAAGUCCUGUGAAUCUGGGGUGUGGAGUCAGCAUCCUAAAAGUCAAGUGGUGCAGACAGCGUGGGUUGUGAUUGCUCUGCUGGAGGCAAAGUUUCCUGACAGAGAGCCGCUUGAGAGGGCGGUGAGGCUGAUUAUGGAGAGGCAGCAGGAGAAUGGUGAAUGGCUGCAAGAGGCGAUUGAAGGGGUGUUUAACAAGUCUUGUAUGAUCUCAUACCCGAACUACAAGUUCAUCUUCCCGAUCAAGGCAUUGGGCAUGUAUGCGAAGCGCUUUGGCGACGAACCACUGCUCUGA